AUGCCAGUUACUGGGCUUCCUGUCUGCCAUCAAGGUCUCGGUGAUACCGGCGCAUUCUUACAUUCCCCUCUAUCAGGAGAGGCCCGGAAAUCUGAGGCCUCGGACGCCACUCCGUCUUUGCCUGAUACUAUCUCUCAGCUGCAGUCGCCACAGGUUCGCCGACCUCGACGAUUUACCUUAUCCUUGGCCAUAUCAACAGCCAAUACCACUGCAUCGAGAGGCACAGAAUUACCUGUAGAGUCUCAUUUCUCACCAACUAUCACUGCUACAGCUCCUAUCCAAACUCUGGGCAGCUGCAGUGGUCGGAGCAGCCUUGUUUUGCCUUCCCCAUCUUCCUGGCUCUUAACUGAUAGUGAGUCAUUUUUAAAUAACUUAUCGACUAGCAAUGCAUAA